GUCAACGUACAAAUUCAUCACAAUGCCUCCGUUCUUGCUCAUGCUAUAAUAAAAGUUUGCUUUGCCGUUUGAUUUGUCGCGUUCAAGAUUCCUAUCUGAUUUCUACGUUCUUUGCAGCCCCCAAGCAGAUGUGGAAGUUCCCCACCGGAUCGUAAAGCUCGGUACAAGCCUUGCACUCCUUAACCACGUGCUUCAUCAUAACUGAGCAUAUAUGCUGUAGAUCUGCAGAUACCAGCCUCCGGCUAUGCGAUUGGAAAAUCCAUCAACUGCGAGUCACAAUGUCUAAGCUAUCUGCCGCCCUCAAGUCACUCAUAAAUGCCCCAGCCGCUCGUCCGGGACCUCUCACGGCUCCUCGGAACAUCGCGUCUGUUUUCGAGCGUAUCGAGAGGGAGGCAGAACAACAUGGUCUUUCACAGCCAGAGUGGCUGGCCCUGACUACAGCCGCGACGAUGACCAUGAAUUCUCCUAAUUCUUUGGCCGUGCUUUAUCAACAUGCGACGCGACUCAAGAAGCAGGAAGAAUGCGUCAAAACCGCCGAGUUGAUGCGUGAAAUCGGCCUCAAAUGCAUCGGUUUCAAUGGAAUUCCGCGCACGAUCAAUAUGCUUGGUGCGUUCCGGGCAUCUUUGCCUGCGGCCGUCCGGCAGAAUCUAUCGACAGGCGCGUCUCGCGUGGUGACUCCCGAGAACGUCAAGACAACACAAGCCCGUGGCCUCGCGCUGUGGAACAGCAUCUAUCGGCCGCACGAAACCAAGCUUCUGGAGAAGCUGGCGGACUCGCACCCAGAUCUCCCGGUCUACAUCUUGCAAUCCUAUUCCGUGCUUUUUGCGGAUCCGUCGCCCAAAGACGUCCGCGUCGGCAGGGUCUUGACAAGCUUGGUCGCAAUUGCUUGCCUUCGUGCCCAAACAGGAGUGGGGCCCCAGGUGACCAGCCACAUAUUUGGCCUUCGCAAGGCCUUCGAGGACGGAACGUGGAAAGACGAUAUGCCUUUGCCUGAAUCAGGAGUUGCCUGGCUUUCAAGCGACGAGGGCAGCAUGUGGGCACUGAACGUCGUGGACUACAUCGUCGAAGCAAUUUCAAGAGGGGAGGGUUCAAGCUUUGCGCAGAUGAGUCGGCUGUGAGUCGAUUGAAACAUACCAUUGUAACAUUUUCAAAGCUGUUUAUACACAAUCUGAGCAUGCCAUGAAUUAAUCAUGAGCAUUGAAUUUGGACGACCC